ACUCUGUGAAGUACAUAUGUGACAUUGUGUGUUUCGUGGUCACCAAAAGCAUUGCAACACACUAUCAGUGUGCCUGAGAAUUUUUUUCGUCUACGUAUGUAUGGCGGUACAAUUUAAUUGGUAGUGUUGAUGCAGUAAGAUCGCAUAUUUCAGUCUAGUGCAUUAUAUUUUCGCGUACGUUAAAAAACAUAACAGCACAUGCACUAUUAUUACACUUCGACAAUAUGAAAUAUUUCGAAUGUUUUUGGAUGUGUAGAGAGGAAAUAAAUGCUUCUCGCCACGCGAUUCCAAAGAUACAGGUGCAGUAUGGGAAAUAUUUAGCACUCAGUACUUUCACGAAAUUCCCAGUCGGAGUAUUUGAAGUAAUGCAACGUAACUCCAGAAUGGCGGAAUCCGGCGGCUCGCUGAUGUUCUCCGAGCAGGAGCUCACCUGCUCCAUCUGCCUGGACCUGUUCACCAACCCGGUGUCCACGCCCUGCGGCCACAACUUCUGCCAGAUCUGCAUCGGCGGCUACUGGGCCACCAGCGACGGCUGCAGCUGCCCGCUGUGCAAGCGGCAGUUCGGCGAGCGGCCCGAGCUGAACGUCAACCGCGUCUUCGCCCUCAUCACCGACAAGUUCAAGGAGUCGCAGUUCGGGGUCGCGGGUCCCGGCCUGGGGGCGGGGGCGGGGGCGGGAGCGGGGGCGGGCGCGGAGCUGGCGAACGGAGGAGGAGGAGGAGGAGGAGGAGCCGGGAGCGAGGGGACGAGCGACGGCUGGGAGGUGACGUGCGACGUCUGCACGGGCAGGAAGUUGGCGGCGGUGAAGUCCUGCCUCACCUGCACCGCCUCGUACUGCGAGAGCCACAUCCAGCCGCACCUGCAGGCGCCCUGCUACGCCCGCCACCAGCUGCUCGACCCCCGGGAGGCCCUGAAGGGGCGCACCUGCCCCACCCACCACCGCCUCCUGGAGGUGUACUGCUGCACCGAGCAGACCUGCAUCUGCGCCAUCUGCGUCCUGGAGGAGCACCGCACCCACAGGACCGUGUCCAUACAGACGGAGAGAGCCAACAAGCAGAGACUUCUUGGAAAAACUGAAUUGGAGUUACAAAGCAGGAUCAAGGAGAAGACAGUACGACUGAACGAAAUCAAUCGCAAAUUGGAGUCUCUUCGGAGCUUUGCAAAGGGCGAGGCGUCGGAGGUGGAGCAGAUUCUGACGGAGAUGACGCAGUCGGUGGAGAGGAUUCGGGGCGAGCUGGUGGGAGGCAUCGAGGAGAGGCAGGCGAUCAUGGAGGCACACGGGCAGGAGCUGGUCUCCCAGCUGGAGGAGGAGCUGGGGCAGUUCCAGGAGCAGAGGGCCAAUCUGGAGGUGCAGGCCAGCUCCGAGGAUCACAUCAGCUUCCUGAAGAGUUUCGAGGCGGCCAACGCCCUCUUCACCGACGACGAGGAGGACAUCCAGGAACCGGACCACCUGGAGCUGCACCUCCCUCUCGGGGAGGCCAAGAAGGCCCUGGGGGAGCUGAGAGACAGGCUGGAGGACAUCCAUAUGGGCGAGGUUGUAAGCAGAUCCGUGUCCCUGACAGGAAGUGAGAGCAUUAUGUCUCUUCACGGAAUGAGGAGGAGGGAGUGGUCAUUGAAGGAUCUCAGAAAAGUGCGAGGAUCAGGAAUCAAGAAGGUCCGUUCCUUUGCAGAUGACAUCACUCUGAACCCAGUGACGGCCUACCCCUUCCUGAUCCUGUCGGACGACCGAAAGCAGGUGAAGAGGGGAGAGAAACUCCAGCACUACCGGAACAGCGCUCACCGCUACGACGUCUGGUCCUGCGUCCUGGCCAAGGAGGGCUUCUCCUCCGGGAAACACUACUGGGAGGUGCACGUGGGGGAAAACAGGGAUUGGAAAGUGGGGGUUGUGAAGGAGUCCGCUCAGAGGAAGGGCCUGUUUGACAUGAACUCCGUCAACGGGUACUACGGGCUCUGGUGGGGGGGCACCCAGCUGCGCGCCCUGACCACAGCCCCGCUCGCCAAAGUCAAGAUCUCCAGCCGGCUGCGGAGAGUCGGGGUGUUCCUGGACUGCGAGGAGGGUCAGGUGACCUUCUACAACGCCAAGUCGGGCUCGGAGCUGUACACCUUCCACUCCGAGGAAUUCACGGAGAAGAUGCUGCCGCUUUUGGGGACUGGCGACAAAGAGGUCCCGCUCAUUCUAAUGUCGAUACAGUACAACAUUCCUGAAUGACGGAGGAGGAUUCGAUAGGUCAGUACAACAUUCCGGAGUGACAGAGGAGGAUUUGAUAGGUCAGUACAACAUUCCUGAGUGACAGAGGAGGGUCUGAUAGGUCAGUACAACAUUCCUGAGUGACAGGAGGAUUUGAUAGGUUAGUACAACAUUCCUGAGUGACAGAGGAGGAUUUGAUAGGUCAGUACGACAUUCCUGAGUGACAGAGGAGGAUUUGAUAGCUCACUAUAAAAAUAGAGAUAGCACAGUAUAAUGUAAACAAGUAUCAAAGAGUUAAGGUAUAACUGCACGGUAUCUACUGCAAUGGAAAUGUAUCCUAGUGACGAAGAGAAAGGCUGAGGAGAAGGAUGUUUCUUUCUGGUGCAUGCUGGGAAGGAGGAGGGGGGUCAUUGAAGCUGGUUGUGUGAAUGCCAAAGCGGAUGGACAUUUACACUAUUUACAUUCACUUAUAUUUCACACACUGUGCACACAGGAAUCGCCUGCUUUUCAUUCAGAAUUGUUUCCUGUUUUCAAACCUUUACACUCACACGCUUUUAUACUAACACACCUUUAUGUUCACGCACCUUUACACUCAUAUGCUUUUAUACUAACACACCUUUAUGUUUACGCACCUUUACACUCACACACUUUUAUACUAACACACCUUUAUGUUUACGCACCUUUACACUUACACAGCCUUAUACGUAUACUCACGCACCCUUAAAUUUACAUCCUUACACACUGGGUCAUCUAUUUUUGGUGCUUUCUAUUGGGAUGGCCUUGGUGUAACACUGAAUACUUUUUUUUGGGGGGGGGGGGGGGGGAUAGGAACAAAAAUAAAAACAAACAAACUCAUGUAACAUCUAACACACUAUGUCUCAAAUCUUUUAACUUUUCUUUUCUUCUUUUUUUUUUUUUUUUUACAAACUAGUGUGGCUGAAUUCCUGUUUAAAAAUCUUUUAUUGCAUCUCAAACUCCUGGCAUAACCAGCAGAGAAAAGAGGGACAGCUGAGAGACUGUUAGCUCAGCAAGGGCCAUGUGGAUUUGAGAAGAUUGCCUGUGUAAGCUGUACUGUGUUUUGUCAGUGUUGUAAAUGUUGUAGGUUUGUCUAUACAUAUUUAACAUGCAUGCAGUUGGUUAUGUAAAAUUUUAAAUAUUAAGAAAUAAACAUUUAAUGCCGA